UGUUCAUUUUUAAAGUACUUUGAGGUUUUAUGAGGUCAUGAAUCAAAAUUUGAACCUAAUCGAUAUUCAGAAAAAAAAAAAUGUGUGCACAAGCAAAAAAGGCCCAAAAAUAAGAUUCAUGUUGAUCCUGACACAGUUGUAAACAAAAGUUUGCAUACAUCAAACAUACGUGUAUAUUAUGCCUUUUUAGUGUCUAACUCCUAACUUUCUACGAUGGAAUGACUGAAACAUAUGCGUCUUUGUCACAAAAUACGAUCAUUUAGUUUGGUUCUUUCAUAGAUUUGUUGAAGGUCCUCUGGAAACAUGACAAAACUCCUGGGUCAGAAAUACACAUUCAGCAAUGCUCAUAUUUGCUUGAAUGCUUCUGUUAACCGUCUACAAGCUUUUAGGUUGGAACGUUGACCCUCUUCUUGGCAGAAUUGGUACAGUUGAGCAAAAUUUGUUGGCUUUCUCACACAGACUUUUGUCUUCAGCACAGUCCAGAGUUUCUUGAUGGGUUUACUUUGGUCAGACCACUCUAAAACCCUAAUUCUGGUCUGAUUUAGUCAUUUCUUUGCCGCUGUGUGUUUGGGGUCAUUGACUUGUUGGAACACCCAACUAUGUCUGAGACCCAACCUUCUUGCCGAUGAUUGUAGGUUUUCCUCAAAAUCAUGGAGGUAAUCAUCCAUUUUCAUUCUUAGAUUUACUUUGUGUUCAACACCAGUUCCACCGGCAGCAAAACAGCCAGAGCAUAAUACUACCACCACCAUGCUUGAUGGUAGGUUUGGUGUUCUUCAGGUUAAAGGCCUCACAUUCUCUCCUCCAAACAUGUUUCUUGUCACUGUGGCCAAAAAGCUUCAUUUUUGAUUUUUCAUCUGAACACAGCGGUUUGUUUCAGAAAAUCUUUUCCAUGUGAUUAGCAGCCAACUUCAGCUGAGCCUAAAGGUGUUGUGUCCUUAAAUAGAGCUUCCAGCCUCUCAGCUCAUGUUGAUGUAAAAAAAAAAUACUUGGCUGUGGACACUGACAGCUGUGUUCCAGCAGCUUCUAAUUUAUGUCAGACCUGCUUUUUACUGAUUCUCGGUUGACUCUUGACCAAUUAUCCCUCAGCAGCAGAUGAUAGUUGGUGUUUUCUUCUUGAUCGUAGCGGUGAUGCAUCUGCACCAUGCGGUCUAUAUGUACCAACAACUGUUUGCUCAGAUGACUUGAGAUUUGUAGCUGCUUUAAAAUUGACUUGUUCAAGUCAGUGAUUUGCUUUUUCAGAUCUUUGCUGAGCUCUUCAGACUUUACCAUCAUAGUAUUUGUGGCAGAGUCUGAUGAGUGUAUCAAAUGGGCCCUAUUUAAAUUGGCUUAGAGGAGUCAUCAGCUGUAGUCAAUCAUAAAUACUCACAAGAAGUUAAGUUAACAUAUGGUUAGCACAACUUUCUGCAUCACAAAAACUGAUAAUUCAAGUUGCUGUAUGUAAUUUUUUGACCCAGCACAUUUUGUCAUAUUUCCAGAAGACCUGUAAUAAAUCAAUGCAUAAUCCAUAACUGAUUUUAAGUCACUUGGGUUUCAAUGAUUCCAUCAUAAAAAAUUAAGAAAUGUAGGAGUCAGUGGAAAAACUAAGACUGCCAUUAUAUAUGGUCUUUACACCGAGAAGUAUUAUAGACAGUACAGUUAAACUACAGCUUUUAAGUCAUUACACUGAACUUUAAUGAACUUUAAUUAUGUUUAAAAAUUCUACAAAUACACCAAAACAAAAUGGUGCAUCAGAGGUACAACUCUCAACUUUAUUGUAUAUUCUUAUAUUAUGUAAUGUAUAAAUAUGCCCCAAAUCUUAGCAGAUAUGUUGAUAACAAGCAAUUACUUAGCCCUAUUACUGUACUGAAAAAUGUGAUUAAUUCCAUUAUUCCUUCUGCGCUUUGUGUGCUUUUUUCAGUGGGUGUUGGUACAUUGUAGCUGUAUUGUCAAGGAGGGUUGGUCAUUGAAGUUCCCCUUUGUUUCUCUCUGCUUAGAAUGACAAUUCCAGGAAUAAGAUACAUUUAUGAAAUUCAGUUGAAAUUAAGGCGAAAAACAACAGAAAUAUGUAAGUUAGAAAUAUUAAAAACAGUCCAUAAUAGGGAGAGAAAAAUAGAUGACCACAUCAGUACUACUGUAACAUAAAUAUAUACAAUUUUUAUUAUUUACUUGACAUAUGAAAAAAACAUGUUCUUUUGCUUAGAAAUCCUGCUCAUACUUGUUCAGCUUCUUGUUUUUUCUUUUUAUAAAAUAAAUCUUGUAUGUACACUGCUUACAAUUAAAAAUAAACUAAUGUCAGGAAUGAGGGGACAGCAUUUUUGGAAAAGGGGAUGUCCUGUAUGAUGAGUUCAGAAAAAUACACUUUCAUUUCCCUCUUUUUUAGAGUUAAAUACAUCCAUUUUGGUAUCUUUUUCUUUUAAACAGAGCAUACACCAUGGACACAGUCGCCUCCCUCCUUGUUCUUUUAAUACUACCACAGCUUGUGGUACCUGAAGUUCCCACUGUGUCGUUCAGAGCCGUGGUUGAGAUAGUAGGGGACAAUUCAAGGAUCUUCACGGGGGAGAGCGUCCGGCUGAGAUGCAGCAUUCCUGAAGACAGCAGGUCUGACUGGAAGUACCUUUGGUUCAGGGGAGGCCAACAGAUCCUACAGUCUGAUGGGGAAUUUAGUUUGUGGAAUGCUAAAGUUCAGCAAAGUGGGAAGUUUUCCUGCCAAGGAGUGAGGGACACAGUUGUGGGGAACAUGCACACUGUGAGAAGUCUACCUGUGGAGAUAAAUGUGGAUGGAGGGUGGGCUAUCCUGCAAGUCUCACCUCAUCCUGGUAUUGUUGGAGACACCUUGAACAUGACCUGUCGCAUCCGAGGCGACCGCCCAGCCAACAACAUGAUUCUCUACAGAGAUGGUGUUGAAGUAAUAAGACAAAAUGGCAACAAGUCACAUUUCUACCUGACCAACUUGACCCUUGAGGACCAGGGAAUGUAUUCUUGCAGGGCAUCGUGGGAAAUAAGGAGACGCACACACUCCGUGGUUUCGGUUGCCAAUUAUGUGCAGAUCUUAGAGGUUCUGUCACAGCCUGUUUUGGAGAUCGUUGUUGACAAUGACCUGAAACGACUAAAUAAGAUUAAGCUCCUCUGCCAUGUCGAGUACAACACCCGGGCUUUUGCUCCUCCGAUACACUACUAUUUCUACAGGGAUAACAACCAACUGGGUACAGCCACUUCUGAAGGCCGUGAUCUGGUCAGGCGGGCCCCGGGGCUGUACAGCUGCAAGGUCAAGGUGCCUGAGUUGGGCCUGUUGAGGUGGAGCGAGGCCAAAAGCUUUGGACAAAUAGCAGGCCCACGGAUUAUGGCGCCUCCACGUCCCAGAUACCCACAACCAUUAGCCCCCGCAGGGUUUUCUCCAGUCCGCCCUGUGCCUCCUGCAGCUCAGCCAACAGUAGCCCAGCUUUCCACUCCCAUUAUUACUCAGCGUACAGAGGAGAGCAUCCAGUCAUCAGAGCAUCCUCCAAACCCUUCACAACCGGUGCCAACUACUCUGCUAGCUAGACUCCGGUCUGCCAGCCGCACUACUGCCUUCCUGCCUCUUGCAGCUCAGCCAACAGCAGCCCACCGAUUCACUCCAACUCCUACUUUGAUUCAGCGUACAGAAGGGAGCAUCCAGUCCUCAGAGCGUCCUCUGCAGUUUUUCAGACAUACUACCCCAGGGCCUGCCUACACCACCCAGGAACCUUUGUCUGGAGAAUCUGAAGACACAAUUGACGAAUCUAGUGGUGUAGCUGAGAUCUCUGCAGAGUCUGUCACCUUGAAAUGAAUGAACCUAAAUCAGAGUAAUAAAGCAUGACUGUUAUAUCUUUAUCUUUCUGAUAUAAAUCCCUCCAGGUCAUUAUACUGCCAUUGCACACUUAUGAUUGUGAUUAGCUGUGUAAUAAUCGUUUUUCAAAUACUAGACUAUCAACUUCAUCAUGUCACCUGUAGGAAAUUAGCUGGAAAUGUCACAUUUAUAAAGCAAAUAAAACAUUUGAUAAACAA